CAUUAGAAGGAGGAGGAGUGUGGGUGUUUUUUUCCAGCGUGGAGUUUCCGCCCCAAGGCUAUGAAGGAAGAUCUGUGCAACAGAGCCAAAUAAGCCAGGAAGGAAAAGCGAAGAGGAGGAGGAGCAAGGAGUCAAAGUAGCCCCGCCCACGAGGAUAAGCUAUUGGCUGGACAGCGAGUCAAUCAUGACACGUCCUGUCUGGAGGCGAGGGAGGAGCCGUCACUCACUCAGCUCGCUUUUUCUUUUCUCUCAAAAAAAUUGUGAAGUUGAAACUGACUCGUAAAGAGCGCAGUCUGUCGCUCGCAUUUAUUCUCACCGUUUCCUGUGCGGGGGGAGGCCAUUUUGUAACUGCAGAAAGAUUUUUACCUGCUGACUGUCUGUCUGUCUGUCGUUUUGCCUUCACAUUCAAGUGUGUGGACUUUUAUCUUCAGUAGAGCACGACGAGGGAAAAAAAGUGUCGGCAGCAGGAGAAGAAGAAGAAAAAGGAGGAGAAAUAGGUGGCUAGUUUUCCUUCUCAGUGUGAGGGUGUGUGUUUCUCAUGUAAGAGAGAGGAGACACCGGGAAGAAAGAGCACAAAACACUUCCUGGAGAUCAGAGAAGGGACCCCCUUUAUUCCAAGGGGAACCUGGAGACUAUGCUCCACCUUCCUGCGUGGGUGAGGCUGUGAAUAUUUUCCCGAGAGUGUUGAGAGCUUCAUCAAACAGGUUUGUUUGGGAGGAUGGCCAACGCAAGCCCCUGCAUGCCCCCCACGGGCCAGAUCUUCUUUCCUCCGGGGGUCUCCACGCUGCACGGUCCGGCCGCGGCGACCCCGGUCCCCGUGGCAUCCGUGUCUCCGCAGGGUUGCUUCAACGUGAUGGACUUGAACCACGGGCUGGGUCCGUCGGGGGGUGCCACGGUGACCUCGGUGCCUCCGACUGCUGCAGGGGUGUCCUUCAGCAUCCAGAUCGGCCUAACGCGAGAGUCGGUGCUGAUGCCACAGAGUGCAGACUUGGCCUACGUGAAACAAAUUGCCUGCUCCAUUGUUGACACCAAGUUCCCAGAAUGUGGCUUCUAUGGUAUCUAUGAUAAGAUAUUGCUGUUUAAGCAUGACACAUCAACCAGCAAUAUCCUGCAGCUGGUUAAAACUGCAGGUGACAUUCAAGAGGGAGAUCUGGUGGAAGUGGUGCUCUCUGCGGCAGCCACAUCAGAAGAUUUCCAGAUUCGGCCCCAUGCUCUAAACGUGCACUCCUACCGGGCCCCGGCCUUCUGUGAUCACUGCGGCGAGAUGUUGUUUGGACUGGUCAGACAAGGGCUUAAGUGUGAUGGGUGUGGACUGAACUACCACAAGCGCUGCGCAUUCAGCAUUCCCAACAACUGUAGAGCUCGGAAGAGGCGCCUGUCCACAACUUCUGUGAGCAGCAGCCAGUCUCUGCGUCUCUCCACCAGCGAGUCCGUUUACAGCGUUGGGACCACAUCUACUUGCACCGAGGACUCUGGCCUCGUCCGCUCACACACGCAAAUGCCCCGGACACCGAGUGAGGCCCGGCGCUUCUACACGGGCCGACCCGUACAUCUAGACAAGAUCCUGAUGAGCAAGGUGAAGGUGCCGCACACGUUCGCCGUCCACUCGUACACGCGUCCAACGGUGUGCCAGUACUGCAAGAGGCUCCUCCGAGGGCUCUUCAGGCAGGGUCUGCAGUGUAAAGACUGCAAGUUUAACUGCCAUAAACGUUGUGCAUACAAAGUUCCUAACGACUGUCUUGGCGAAACCAUUGGAGAUAUGCUGAGUCCCAGUGCUGACCCUGAGGUGCCCAUGGACUAUACCAGCGACUACGACGCCUCAGACAAGUCCUCAAUGGACGACUCGGAUGAAGCCUGCAGCAUCCCGGGCUCGUUCUCUCCUGAGAGCAACCAGGAUGGAGUCAGUGCAGACCAGAGUGUUUACAUUCCACUCAUGAGGGUGGUUCAGUCAGUGAGGCAGACUACCCGUCGAUCCAGCACAGCCAUCAAGGAGGGAUGGAUGGUUCACUACACCAAUAAAGACACACUGAGAAAGAGACACUACUGGCGUCUGGACUGUAAGUGCAUCAUCCUUUUCCAGAACAACACCUCAAACAAAUACUACAAGGAGAUCCCUCUCUCAGAAAUCCUGGAGGUGCGACCAGCCGGUAACUUCACUCUGGUACCCUCCGGUACAAACCGGCACUGCUUCGAGAUCAUCACGGGCACCAUGUGCUACUUUGUGGGGGAGGACCCCAACACCCUUCCUUCCCAGUCCCCCCAGCACUCCCACCCCCAGUCACCCCCAUCCCCCAGCCAAGUGGCGCCCAAUAGCGGCAUCGGGCGUGAGGUGGCCAAGUCAUGGGAGAGCGCCAUCCGUCAGGCCCUCAUGCCUGUCAUCUUCCAGGAUGCCCCUCCAGCGGAAGGAAACACUACUCACAGACAAGCCUCCGUCAGCAUUUCUGUGUCUAACAGUCAAAUCCAAGAGAAUGUGGACAUAGGUACAGUGUACCAAAUAUUUGCUGAUGAAGUUCUGGGAUCUGGGCAAUUUGGAGUCGUGUAUGGAGGAAAGCACCGAAAGACUGGGAGGGACGUGGCCGUCAAAGUUAUCGAUAAGCUCCGCUUCCCUACUAAACAGGAGAGCCAGCUGAGGAAUGAGGUGGCCAUACUGCAGAGUUUGCGCCACUUGGGUAUCGUGAACCUGGAGUGUAUGUUUGAGACCCCGGAGAAGGUGUUUGUUGUCAUGGAGAAGCUCCACGGCGACAUGCUUGAGAUGAUCCUCUCCAGCGAGAAAGGCCGACUGCCUGAGAGGCUCACCAAAUUCCUCAUCACUCAGAUUCUUGCAGCCUUGCGACACCUGCACUUUAAGAACAUCGUCCACUGCGACCUCAAACCUGAGAAUGUGCUGCUUGCCUCUGCUGAUCCUUUUCCCCAGGUGAAACUGUGUGAUUUCGGCUUUGCCCGAAUCAUCGGGGAGAAGUCGUUCCGUCGCUCGGUGGUCGGCACGCCGGCCUACCUCGCCCCGGAGGUUCUGCUGAACCAGGGCUACAACCGCUCGCUGGACAUGUGGUCCGUCGGAGUCAUCAUGUACGUCAGCCUCAGCGGGACGUUCCCUUUUAAUGAGGAUGAAGAUAUCAAUGACCAGAUACACAACGCCGCCUUCAUGUACCCUUCCAACCCCUGGAAACAGAUCUCCUGCGAUGCCAUUGAUUUGAUCAACAACCUGCUGCAAGUUAAGAUGAGGAAGCGCUACAGUGUUGACAAGAGUCUCAGCCAUGCUUACUUACAGGACUAUCAGACAUGGCUGGACCUGCGAGAGCUGGAGACCAAGCUAGCCGAGCGUUACAUCACCCACGAGAGCGACGACAGCCGCUGGCAAUCGUUUGCCCGCCAGUAUACGCUCACGUACCCCGCCCACCUCGUGCCCCCGCCUCCAGCACCCCCUUCGGAUGACGACGAGGGCAGGGACGACGCGGAGGUGCAAGGCCUCACUGAGCGGGUUAGCAUCCUCUGAGGGUCCCGUAGUGUUUACACUGCCAUCACCAUAAUGAGCUGUAUGGCAGCACUUCAUUUGUAAAGUCUAAUUUCCUCCAAGCAGCCACAUUCAAAUCUUCUUUUGUAAUUGCUUUUUGAAACUUCAUAAAGUUCUGCCAGUCUUUGCAGAUAACCAGCAGAAUACAUCAAAGAAAAGAAGUAAAGGUUUUGUAUAGUGAGAGAUAUCACUAUAAAGUGCCUUCAGUGUCCUUGUCAAAAUUACUCAGUCAUUGGGAAAUGUAGCAGAACAAUGCAACUGAGUUCUUGUUAUAAGUGGCUAAGUAUUUUCACCAAAGCAGUACAAUAAUACUGCAAGUCUCUUAAAAUGUGUUUCCUUCAUGUUCUUGUCUUUUUCUUUUUCUUUUCCCAUUGGAUAUACAUGAUUCUGAUAUGCCCCACACCACUGCUCUGCAAACAGUGUUUGUUGUAAGUGGUUCAAUGAUACUAAAUCAACAUUUUUUUACAUGGCUUCAUUGUCCACAACAAGUAAUGUGAGAAAAUUCACAAUUUUCUAUAUUCUAGUUCCAUGAUUUUGCUGAGCAUUUUGCAUGCAUCCCUGAAAUUGCGGUCUAGCCUGUCGUUAAGGGCAACUGCCCCUUCAAGAUGUUUUCAGUGACAUUACAACCACCAUUUUGUCUUUCUUCAGUGGAAGCUGAAACAGUGACUAGUUGUAGAUGUAUAUACUGUGUAUAUAUAUACACACACACUUAGUGUUUGAGCUUAACCAAUAUGCAUUUCUAUCAUCAUAACAUCUACUUAAGACAAGGAAUAUGAAGCUCAAUGGAAUGGAAAAUCCUAAUUUUUGGGGGGUGAAAUGGAGAGGUUUCAAAGGCACUUUAUGGUGAUAUUGACUCAUAGAACCGCUGAAAAAAAUAUUACCAUCCAUUUUCUCCAUCAUAAUCCCUAAAAGGAACCAUUACGAUGUAUUGUGUAAUGUAAUGAUCUGAAUCACAGGCCCACUUUUAAUGUUCAAAAAUAGCAAUUCCUUUAUGUGAUGAGGUCCUUUCAAGUGACGCAAAGAUUUGCACGCUUGUGGUCAUUCCCAAAAAAUGCAUGCCCAUAAUGGUCCUGUACAACUGGAAGUAUUGAUUUGGCGACAGAAUAUCUUCCUGUAAUUCACACAAGCCACAAUCAUACUCUUUUUAGAACAUAUGUUUCUACCAGGAAACAGGGCAGUGCUUAUGUUUCCUAUUUUCUGCCCAUUCCUUGUACACAUGUACAAGAACACUCCCCCGCUCCAUCGUGAUAAGGAUCUAGCUUUUGUGGUGUGGAUGUAGCUUGAUAAUCAAUUAUUUGUCAUGUCAACAGAUUGCAUGUUUUCAUGUAGUACAAUGAGGUAGACUCAGUGUAAAACUGUGUAAUUUUUUAUUAUAUAGUCCAUUAUAAGGAUGUGUACCUUGAAGUUAGUGUCGUGUCCAGUUUGUCGACACAUGUGGAUGAUGAUGAUGCUAAACUUUGAAGCACAAUAUAAACCUAGAGGAAUAUUCACAUUUGUUUUGUCCUUUUUUUUUUUGCUUUAUCACUUUAUUUUAAUGCACGGGGAGGUGACAAAUAAACAGACGCUAACACAUAAACAACUGCCAAGGCAGAAGUUUUUCGACAUAAUUACAUGCUAUAACCUUCACAGUCACCGUAAUAAUAUCGUGUUUUGGCAGCUCAGUUCCGUGUUUCUCUUUUUGCUUUCAAUGAUCAGACAUCUGCAGACAGCAUUUCAUUAUCAAGUAGCUGUGAUGUCUUUUAAGCCCAGAGAAGGCUGAUUAUGUGUACAAAGAAACCAGUUGUUACAUUUGUCUUACUAUUAAAAUCACAGCAACAAAUAUUAAGUUGUAUUAAGUUUUGUAAAUAUAGAUGGAAAUGUUGAAGGGCAGUUUCAGUGCUUGUUCAGCUCAGGUGACGUUUUCUCUGAGUGUGACAGCUCAAUUUGACCUGGCACAACAAUUCUGUAGUAAUCAUUUAUAUUUACAUGGAAGUGCAACCAAAUAAGGAUCUUUGACAAACCUAAGAACCGCAGUUCAGAGUACCUUGUACUCUGAACUGCUGUUUGGUGCAUAGGCACAAACAACAGUCAGGACCCGUCGCACCCACCCGAAGGCGGAGGGAGGCUACCCUCUGGUCCACCGGGGUGAACCCCAACAUACAGGCGCCGAGCCGGGGGAGCAAUAGGUAUACCCACACCUGCUCGGCGCCUCUCACCGUGGGUAACUCCAGAGCGGAAGAGAGUCCAACCCCUCUCGAGAGGACUGGUACCAGAGCCCAAGCUGUGCGUGGAGGAGAGUCCGACUGUAUCUAGUCGGAACUUCUCGACCUCACACACCAGCUCGGGCUCCUUCCCUGCCAGAAAGGUGACAUUCCACCUCCCUAGAGCCAGCUUCUGUAGCCGGGGAUCGGAUCGCCAAGGUCCCCGCCUUUGGCCACCGCCCAGCUUGCACUGCACCCGACCCCUAUGGCCCCUCCCACAGGUGGUGAGCCCAUGGGAAGGGGGACCCACGUUACCCUUUCGGGCUGUGCCCGGCCGGGCCCCAUGGGUGCAGGCCCGGCCACCAGGCGCUCUCCUUCGAGCCCCACCUCCAGGCCUGGCUCCAGAGGGGGGCCCCGGUGACCCGCGUCCGGGCAAGGGAAACCUGAGUCCAUUUUUUUGUCUUUGUCAUGAAGGGUCUUUGAGCCAUGCUUUGUCUGGUCCCUCACCGAGGACCUGUUUGCCAUGGGUGACCCUACCAGGGGCGUGAAGCCCCAGGCAACUUAGCUCCUAGGAUCAUUGGGACACACAAACCCCUCCACCACGAUAAGGUGACCGCUCAAGGAGGGAAUACCUGCAGUAAAUAUGAGAAUAUAGUUUAGUUAUGGAUAAACCACAAUAUACAGUAAUUUAAAUUGAGGCUUGUCAAAAAUAGUGAUCAACGAAAAGUCAAUCUAGCACAAUCUACACGAAUGUAUCGCAGAAAUCUUCCAGUAUAUUGUAAUCCAGGGUAAAUGUUUGCAUCUUUUCAACAUAAACAUUACUUUAUAUAUAGCCUACUGUAUAACUUUAACUGUAACCCUACUGCAAGCCAAGGUUUUUUGUAGAUAUGUAAAAGCGAGAUGAUUAUUUCUUUCUAGUCGAGAAAAGGAGUUUUAAUCCUCUCGUUAAAUAUUGUAUUUAUGCAUGAGUGCUAAUAUAAAAGCUUCCCAAGCACAAAUC